AUGGCGCCCAUGUAUGCAAAUGCAUACAUGCACGUAUUUGAGGAACAACAUAUUCUACAACCAUACUCGGAACAGAUCAUUAAAUAUGUACGCUUCAUCGAUGACAUCUUGAUUCUUUGGAGGGGCUUUGUGGUAGAUGUCAAACAAUUUAUACAGGAUAUUACCAACCUACCAAGUCCAAUUAAAAUCACUAAUAUUGAUGAGAAAAUUGUUCAAUAUCUGGAUCUUGAGAUCUUCAUCAAAGACAACAAAAUUGAAUACCAACUCUACUCGAAACCUACCGACAGGAACACUAUCCUUCAUUUCACCAGUGCACACCCAGAACACAUUAAAAAAUCUCUACCCUAUACUCAAUUCUUGAGAGUAUUUCGGAAUAACUCCCUUAACAAAUACAUUGAAAAUCAAGUCGAAACAAUGUAUAACAAGUUUCUCACUAGGGGUUAUAACCCCUACUCGAUGCAGCUUUACAUAAAGCACGACAAUCAAUGCAAGAAGUACCUGGAACACCCAACCAACCUAAGACAUAGAGAUUGA